CGAUUUAAAAAGAGUUUUCCGAGCGAGACGGCGAUUUUUGUGGAAAAUGACGCUCCCAGAAGCGUUGUUAAAACGGCUGGCCAAACGUGGCAUCAUCUCGGAUGCAGCAAAGGCCGGCACGAACCAACAGCAAGCCGUCAGCGGCAGCGCCCCACCGACACCAGCCUCCGAGGAGGGAUCGGACCGAGAACCGGGAACCGGCAACAACUCGGACCACUCCGACCGUCCCGAAAGCGACGAGGAUGAGGAAAAUGUGGACGAAGAUGGUCGGCGUGAUGGGCAGGUCAACAAUGAAGAGAUCAUUGCCGAGGAUUACGAUGAGUACGACCAACCAAACCCGGAAGCGUUCGAGUACACGGGUCGGACGAAGAAAGCGAAUGCGGCGGUCGAUUGGUCGGAAAAGAUGAAGCAAAAGAUGACCAAACGAUACGGUUACCAGUCGGUGGAUGGGUGCCAGAAUAAGUACAACAUCUUUCACCUCUGCACCAUGUACUGCGUGAAGCGGUACGGUGAGGUGGAGUUUGAGAUCGAGAAGGAGUACGAUAAGCGUGUGAAGCGGCUGCUGGAGCGAUUUCCGCUACCGAAGAACUGGCGCAAGGAGUAUGACAUCGGCUGUAAGGCGUUCUAUUUCUAUAACAAAGACACGCGCAUCGUCUCGUGGCUGCCACCGACACAUCCCGAUGCGAAGCUGACCAAAAGUGCGAAGCUACUGCGGCGGGAUCUCAUGGAGGAGCAGAAGCAAAAAGACGCCGCACGAGAAGCCACACCGCAGGCUGUGAUCGUGGAAACGUAUCCACCGCCAGCCCCGAAAGCUCAGCUGAUUGGUCCAACCGUAGCCAACAGUUCCAGUGCCAGUGGCAUUCCUUUGCCACCACCUGCAGCAAUCGCGGAAAACCUCAAACCACCCGUCGUUAAUCCACCGAAGCGUCCGAUAAAACAACCCGGUUCGCUGCGGGACGAAGAGAAACACCCUCGGUCAUUCUCAUCUGGCAAUGAUUCAGGUACCGGCGAGGGACCUACGGAGCGGGAAUCAGACCGUGAACGUGAAUAUCGGGAUCGCAACCGUGAUCGACGUGAUCGGGAUCGUGAUCGCGAUCGAGAUCGUAGAGAUCGGGAUCGAAGCCCACCGCGCGGUGGCGGGGAGGACAACCGUAACUAUGGACGCGAGAGAGAAAGGCAGCGUGACCACCGCGAUAACCAUCGUCAUCAUCAUCAUAGAGGCCGUGGUGGAAGAAUGUCUAAAGCAGCGGCCCCACUGGACCCGAUGGACCCGGCCGCUUAUUCCGAUAUUCCGCGAGGCAACUGGUCGGCUGGACUGGAAUCAUCCGCAGCGGCCAAGAAGGAGAAAGAUGAACGCAAGGCAACCAAACAAUCCACCACCAACCGUGCGGACGAUGAAGACGAUACUGGUGGUAGCGAUGGUGCUCAUGAGGUGCUGAAAAUAUCCGCAGUGAAGGAGUUCCAGCAGCCUGAGCAUGACCAUGCAGAGGAAGACGAUGAUGGUGAAGAGACGGACUAAACGAGUGCGAUUCUCAUCCCAACCUAACAUAAUAAAGAGCCUACCUAUAGUGUGCAGACCGGCUUUGUGUGUGAUUCGAUUC